CAUCACACACACUAUCUUCACUCACUCUUCAACAAUAUGGAGAUCCCAUAUCUACUCACCACCACCCUCCUCCUCCUCCUCUUCACCACCCUCUACCUCCUCCUCCGCCGCCGCUCCUCCACCCUCCCACCUACCAUCUUCCCCUCCCUCCCCAUAAUCGGCCAUCUCUACCUCCUCAAACCACCACUCUACCGAACUCUAGCCAAACUCUCCGCUAAACACGGCCCAAUCCUCCGUCUCCAAUUGGGUUUUCGACGUGUUCUUAUCGUCUCCUCCCCUUCGGCUGCUGAAGAGUGUUUUACUAGAAACGAUAUCGUCUUCGCCAACCGCCCCAAGAUGUUGUUUGGGAAAAUUAUUGGUGUUAAUUAUACUAGCCUGGCCUGGUCCCCGUAUGGAGACAAUUGGCGUAAUUUACGCCGUAUUGCCUCCAUUGAGAUCUUGUCCAUUCAUCGCCUUAACGAGUUCCAUGAUAUUCGUGUUGAGGAAACUAGACUUCUGAUCCAGAAACUGCUGUCCGCUUGCAACUCGGGUUCUUCUCAGGUGACAAUGAAGUUUUCGUUUUACGAACUAACAUUGAAUGUGAUGAUGAGGAUGAUCUCCGGUAAGAGGUACUUUGGGGGCGAUAAUCCGGAGUUGGAAGAGGAAGGGAAGCGGUUCCGGGAUAUGCUGGAUGAGACGUUUGUGCUCGCCGGAGCUUCUAACGUCGGCGAUUACUUGCCGGUGUUGAGUUGGUUGGGGGUGAAGGGUUUGGAGAAGAAGUUGAUUAAGUUGCAGGAAAAAAGAGAUGUUUUCUUUCAGGGGUUAAUUGAUCAACUUAGGAAAUCUAAAGGGACUGAAGAUGUAAAUAAGAGAAAGACAAUGAUUGAACUGCUUUUAUCGUUGCAAGAGACAGAACCGGAGUACUACACUGAUGCGAUGAUUCGAAGCUUUGUGCUGGUUUUAUUAGCAGCAGGCAGUGAUACAUCGGCUGGAACCAUGGAAUGGGUUAUGUCACUUUUGCUAAACCACCCACAAGUUUUAAAAAAGGCACAAAACGAAAUCGAUACGGUUAUCGGCAACAAUCGUCUAGUUGACGAGUCGGACAUACCCAACUUACCUUACCUUCGUUGCAUCAUAAACGAGACGUUACGAUUGUAUCCUGCGGGCCCGUUACUAGUUCCACACGAGGCGUCAAGUGAUUGUGUUGUUGGCGGCUACAACGUCCCGCGUGGAACAAUGUUGAUUGUUAACCAAUGGGCCAUACAUCAUGACCCGAAGGUGUGGGAUGAACCAGAAACUUUCAAUCCAGAAAGGUUUGAAGGGUUAGAAGGGACACGAGACGGGUUUAAGUUAUUGCCAUUUGGGUCUGGAAGGAGGAGUUGUCCUGGGGAAGGGUUAGCGGUUCGAAUGCUUGGGAUGACUUUAGGGUCAAUUAUUCAAUGCUUCGAUUGGGAACGAACGAGUGAAGAGUUGGUUGAUAUGACUGAAGGUCCUGGGCUAACCAUGCCUAAGGCUAUACCAUUGGUAGCUAAGUGCAAACCUCGUGUGGAGAUGACGAAUCUACUGUCCGACCUGUGAGUCGGUUGCUGGUUCUUUUGAGAUAAUGUUUGGUCAUAUGAUGGGUCUUUUUUUUUUUUUUUUGCUGUUUCUAGCCUUGUUCUUUGGAUUUUGAAUACCGGUAUUUGUAUGAUUAUAUAUAGUAUUAAUUAAAGUUGAAAUC